AGGUCAGUCAGGUUAGUUUGUUUGGUUUGUCCGUUUGGAAUUUGGUUUGUAACCUGUACUCUCCUCAAAAUCAGUGAAAUUUGUUCUCCCCUGCUCGUGGAUUAGCUAGCACACACUGUGUUAGUGAACCACGUUAAAUUUGUGUUCGUUCGUGUUGGUCUGGAUUAUCGAUUGCACGCUUCCGUUCUGACAAGUGGUAUCAGAGCCUUUGGUUGCGGUUUUGGGAAUUUGGCGUUGGACUGAAGUUUUGCUUUGUGGAGUUUGGUUUGAGUUUGUUUGAUAGUAAGAAUGGUUGCUAUCAGUAUGAAGAUUGAGAAGUUUACUGGAAGAAACAGUUUCAGUUUGUGGCAGAUCAAGAUGCAAGCACUGUUGAAACAACAAGGUUUGUGGGCUCCAUUGUCUGGAAAAUCAAAGAAGGAAAGCAUAGAUGAAGAAGAGUGGAUUAGUUUGGAGGAGAAAGCUCACUCUACAAUCUUGCUUUGUUUGGCUGAUGACAUCAUCACUGAGGUUGCUGCUGAGAAGACUGUUGCGGGUUUGUGGUUGAAGCUUGAAACUCUAUAUAUGACAAAGUCUUUAACCAACAAGUUGCAUAUGAAUCAACGUUUGUUUAGUUUGCGUAUGGAGGAAGGUAUGUCUCUCAGGAAUCAUCUAGAUCAACUCAAUACCAUCUUGCUAGAUCUGCGGAAUAUUGAUGUUAAAAUAGAUGAUGAGGAUGCUGCCUUAAUUCUGUUAGUAUCUUUGCCACAGUCAUAUGAGAAUUUUGUGGAUUUUUUUAUUGCUGGGAAAGAUAGUUUGUCUUUGGAAGAUGUUAGAUCUGCUCUACAUACUAGAGAGGUUCGCCAUAAGGCAUCUGGUUCAGGUUCGAAAAAUCAGGCAUAUGGGUUGGCUACUACUAGUAGUAGGAGACAACAAUCUGGUAAUAGGAAGGCGAAUACAAAUUCGAAUUCUGCUGGUUUGAAAGAUGAUAUAUGUCAUUACUGCAAGGAGAAAGGACAUUGGAAAUUUGAUUGUCCUAAACUGAAGAAAUAUCAGGAGAAGAAGGAAUCAUCUGCUGCUAUGGCGGAAGAAACUAACUCUGAUUCUGAAGAUGGUUUAGCCUUAGCAGUGAAUGAACAGGUACAUCAUCAGGAUGUGUGGUAUUUGGAUACUGCAGCUGAUUAUCAUAUGUGUCCAAGCAGAGAGUGCUUUUCAACUUAUGAGCAGAUAGAUGGAGGACAUGUUUCUAUGGCCAAUGGUGCUAUCUGUAAGAUUGUUGGAAGAGGCUCCGUCAGGAUGAGGACACAUGAUGGUUUUGUUCACACCUUGAACAAUGUUAGACAUAUUCCAGAGAUGACUAAAAAUCUGAUAUCUUUGAGUCUACUCGACAGCAAGGAUUUCAGUUUCAAAGGUGAAGGUGGAGUGUUGUCUAUCUACAAGGGUUCUAAGGUGAUUUUGAAAGGUGUCAAGCGGGGUGCCUUGUAUAGUCUACAAGGUUCUGUUUUGACAUGUUCUGUUGGUGAUAAGUGCAGCAAGUUGGUUCUGAAUGGCAAGUCUCAAUAUGGAUUGGACUUGCCGAAUGGUUUGAGUUGUUGACCGCCCUUAGGGGCAUUUGGAGGCAGGGGAGGUUCUGGCAAAUUCGGAGAUUUGAAGAGUUUGGUGUCUGAAACUUUUGGUUGCAUUUGAGUUUGGCGGUUUCAAUCGCAUCUGGGUAAAUUUGGCGAUAUGUAUCGCGUCUGGGUAAAUCUGGCAACUUUGGUUGCGUUUGGUACAUCUGGCAACUUUGGUUGUGUCCGGUACAUCUAGUAUUUGAGAGAGAAUUCAAGUCAAGGUGGAGAUUGUUAGAAUAUGACUUGAAUUUGAUUUGUGUUUGUUUUGUGUUUUGGGCCUAUUUUGUUUGGUUUUGGGAUUGGGCUUUGUUUGACCUUUUCCUUAUAUGUUUGGGAAAAGGUGUUUGGUUUUCUGUUUGGGAUUAGGAGAAGAGUUCUAUAAAUACUCUUCAUCACCCUAGUCUGUAGUAAGGUCAGUCAGGUUAGUUUGUUUGGUUUGUCCGUUUGGAAUUUGGUUUGUAACCUGUACUCUCCUCAAAAUCAGUGAAAUUUGCUCUCCCCUGCUCGUGGAUUAGCAAGCACACAUUGUGUUAGUGAACCACGUUAAAUUUGUGUUCGUUCAUGUUGGUCUGGAUUAUCGAUUGCACGCUUCUGUUCUGACAUUGGAUGUAGACCAAUCUUGGCCUCUCCUCUUGAGACUUCACUCCAUGCUCUUGGUAUCCCCUCCGUAGCUUUGCUUGUCUAUAGAGAAAAAAUGGCUAAGGCAUGAAAGCAGACCACAUGCCACAUAUGUGUGGGUACUCGAAUCACUUGAGUCAAAAAUGGAAGAAUUACUUGAGUAAAAAAUGGCACAAAUACUUCACCAUUACAGGAGUAGGGAGACCACGUGCUCACCUGACCCCCCUUGACCAAAUCACGAGGGUGAUGUCUUGGUAGCCAUACCAUGGGGGCGUAUGCUGGUGACUCCCUGACCAUACCACAGGGGGUGGAUAUUAAUCACCGCCAUGAUCAUAUCAUGGGGAUUGCAUGCUCAUGGCGGGGUGUGUUGAUGGCCACCCCCUGAUCAUCUCAUGGAGGGUUCUCCUUGCCAUCCUUUGUGAUCACCCUCGUGUCAUAUCCUGUAUGAGGAUCACCCCCUGAUCAUACCAUGGGGUCCCAUCCUUUUCCAUUCUUAAUCGUAUUUCACUUCUUAAUCGUAUUUCACACCGCAUGGGGGGUUGGUAAUAUGACCCCCUCACUAUGUCCUGAGUCACCCCCUUACCAUGUCAUGGAGGUGGCAAUAUGGUACCCACCCCCUUGGUACCUCCUAGGGGUGGCAGCAUGAUGCCUACCCCCCUUACCACGUCCUGGGGGUGGUAUGAUGGUGGCCACCCCCCUUAGUACCUCAUGGGGGUGGUUAUUCUUCUCUUUGCCUUAUCCGAAUUCUGCCAUCACCCCCCUCACCAUGUUAUGGGGGGGUGGUUAUUCUUCUCUUUGCCUUAGCCAAAUUCUGCCAUCACCCCCUUCACCAUGUUAUGGGGGUGCCUUUGUACAUCCUGGGGGUGGCAGUAUGAUGCCCACCCCCUUGCCACGUCCUGAGGGUGGUAUGAUGGUGGCCACCCCCCUUGGUACCUCCUGGGGGUGGCUACCAUACUGCUUGCCUUAGCCAAAUUCGGCCAUCAUCCCUCCUUACCAUGUGAUGGGGGUGGCGGUAUGAUGUCCACCCUCCUUGCCACGUCCUGGGGGUGGUAUGAUGGUGGCCACCCCCCUUGGUACCUCCUGGGGUCCCUUGGUACUUCCACCCCCUUGCCACCACGUCCUGGGGGUGGUGGUAUGAUGCCCACCCCCCUCUGCGUGUCAUGGGGGUGGCUCCCAUACUUAGUCAAAUUUGGAUAUGCAUGGCGCACGUGGUGGCACGGAGUAAUGGGCCCAAAAACCCAAUCCUCAUGGCCCACUCAACUGAUUUAAACUGAUAUGAUUAAGUUGGCCUUAUAAAGCCAUUUAAUUCCU